CUGGUGAUCGUGCCCAUCGAGCACGACGUCGGACCCGCGUCUCGAUACCUCGGGUGUGCAAAGAUGGUGACCAAUCCAGAGGACCUGAUCGUGGCAUUCGACGACGACAUCGCCUACGAGAACACCACCAUCUCCAGCCUGGCGUGCGCGAAGCGCCACGACCCCGAGUUUUCGUGGACGGGCCACCGCUUCACGGGGCUGCGUGGCUUCCAGACGGGCCAGGGCGCCGAUGGCUUCAUGAUGCACGCCGGCGACCUCAAGGGCUUCAAGGACUUCAUCGAGUCCGUGGAGGAGCCCUGCUUCAAGGUCGACGACCUCGCGGUGUCGGAGUGGCUGACCAACUACGUCAAGAGGCCCGUGAAGUCCCUCGAGGAGAAGCAACAGCGCGUGGACGCCUGCGGGCUGGUCAAGAUGCCCAUCUACAAGUCCAACUGCUGGAUGGCCCCAGACAAGCGAUCGAAGGGCGGCGAGCGCCGCAUCUGCCGCCCGAGCAUCCAGAGCGUCAACUCGUUGCGGAACGACCACGCGUCCGGCGGCCGCGGAGACGACAUGAAGCGGUGCACCGACGCUCUGGCCGCCAGGUGCAAAGGUGCAACGGGGUGUGCGGAGAAGUGACCAGACAGGGAGAGCAAUUGGCUAGCCUCGAGGCCCGAUGCGCGUUCCAAGUCAAAGCGGCCUCGUGAGACGAGGUUUCCUUCACGCUUUCCACAUCCUCCUCGACCUCAUCUACCUGCUUCUCGUCCUCCUCAUUUAAUCGCUUUCCCUCCGCAGCGCUGCCACAUCAUCUUAACGACCUCUCCCCGUCACAGCACCAGACGUGUCAUUAGGGUGGGCCGGGCGUGUCGCUUGAUACUUCCUGCCCGCUGAUGGUGCU